UUCUCAUCUCCCAACCGGAAGUAUGGGAAAUGAACUUUGUCCACGCCCUUUAUUAACUGAGCUGGUACAGCAAGCAGUUCUUUCUACUCUUCCACGACAACGCCAUGACACGAAUUUCUUUGUCUCUCAGUGCAUUUUCUCUGAUACAACUUUUACUUAUUUUCACCACCUCUGGGGUUACUGCAGACCCUCUCCACAUUCCGGUCCAUCGCAAGAGGUCGGCGCCCCGUGAUGUCCACUAUUAUGCUGCUGCUGCGGAUCGAGUCAGGGCCAAGUAUGGGUUCCCCACCAGUGGUAGCAGUAAGAAAAGAAAUGGCGCAAGUAUCAGCGCAAGGUUAGGUAAACGCGCGAGUAGUGCUGGGAUUAGUAUAAUUAAUCAAGACGACGACGCAAGUUAUUUUGCUACAUUAUCCAUCGGGACACCGGGUCAAUCCAUGAGUGUUGUGCUUGAUACAGGAUCAUCUGAUCUCUGGGUCACCGGCAGUGGGUGCCAGAGCUGCGAUGAACAGACACCAACAUUUGACUCAUCAAAAUCAUCAUCGUUCAAGUCGUCGUCCUCAUCAUCUUCAUCGUCAAAAGGAGGUCAGACAACUAUUCAGUACGGUUCAGGUGCUGUCGCGGGUGCACUUGCACAAGAAACGGUAGAGCUGGGUGGGUUCACGGUACAGGGUCAGACGUUUCUUCUCGCCGACGAGCUGACUAGUGGGCUCCUCGACGGUCCUGUUUCUGGAAUCAUGGGUCUGGGCUUCGAAGCAAUAGCGAGCACCGACAGUACGCCCUUCUGGCAGGCGCUGGUGAACGCAGGGGAUUUGAGUAGUCCGGAAAUGUCAUUCUGGUUGGCAAGGGAGAGUAGUUCGAGUUCAACCACUACUGUGGACGGUGACACUGAAGUCCCUGGUGGAGUUUUUACUUUGGGCGGAACAAAUACGAGUCUAUUCUCAGGCAACGUAGAGUUCUUGGACACACAAGGAACACCCAGCUUCUGGUUGCUAAACAUGAAUGCGCUGACUGUGCAAUCGAAAUCUGUCUCCCUCGGAUCCUCUUCCCAACUUUCUGCCAUCGACACUGGCACUACUCUCAUUGGUGGCCCUACUGAUGCGGUACAAAAUUUCUACUCAAGUAUAGAAGGCUCGUCGACAGUGGAAGGGCAGCAAGGGUUUUUUAGUUUCCCUUGUAGCACGAGUUUGAACACAACAAUCUCGUUUGGCGGUACUGCUUGGCCAAUAUCCUCUGCUGAUAUGAACUUGGGGCCAGUGUCAAAGGACUCAAGUGACUGUCUCGGAGGCAUAUUCGAUUUGAGCUUAGGCAGCAACAUCCCUGAGAAUUCAGGCAAUCCCACCUGGGUUGUGGGUGAUGUAUUUUUAAAAAAUGUCUACACCGUCCUUCGCGGUACCGCCUCUUCGAGUAGCGAUACACCCGCCAUUGGAUUCGCGCAAUUAUCAACUUCAGCCGGGGGAUCAGGAACUACAACUGGAAAUGCGGAUUCGGGCUCGAGUUCGAGUUCGAGUUCAAGUAACGGAAGUUUGAGAUCGUUCAAAAGAAUGUCGGGCAUGGUCUUGAACGGGUUCAUAUUAUUGGGUGUAGUGCCGAGCCUGUUCUUGUAGGUUCUGGGGUACGUGAAUAGUAGGAAGCGGAAUUUGGCAUUUGGAUAAACGAUCUAUGAUGUAUUCUAAGUAUGUAUGUGCAUAUAGGUGUCGGUUUGUUUAUAGAGUGGUACUUAAUUAUAAAUGAAGGCAUGGGUCGCUAUGCAGAACAUUUUCCAACAUCACACUACAUAAGCCGUCUUCUAAAAUGUGCAACAAUUGAAUAAUAUCUUGACUUUAAGUUCUAUUUCACUCAA